GAAUAGUUGUUUUAAGUUUUUUUUUAUGGAUAAAACUUUGUGGAAAUGCAAGUAGGUAAUACAACUAUUAGAUUCCAAGUCUCAAUGGAAUCACACUCCUCAAUUAACCAUUAUCGUCAUCUUCUUCGUCAUCUUUCUCUUCUCGCCACAUACAUAAUAGAGAGAGAAAAUCUCCAUCAUUAUCACUUCACAUAUUUUCUUCAAUGUCCGAGCCGGAAGAAGAAAUGAAUUUCAUUUUCCGUUCAAAGCAAAAGGACUUUGCUGCACAUCCACCGCCGGCGACGGCGCAGCAGCAGCAGCAGCAUGCGGUGGGGGAGAAUCAUAGGGAUUCGUUGAUGAUGGAUCUUGAUUUGGAUCUCGACGCUUCCUGGUCAUUUGAUCAGAUCUUCGCGGCAGCUGCUUCAGCUUCAAAUCCUAUGUCGCCGUUUCUCGUAUCGGCUGCUUCUGAACAGCCUUGUUCUCCACUCUGGGCUUUUUCUGAUGAAAACGAAGAUAAGCCUAACGGAAAUGCUCUCUCUACCGGCAGUUUACGGCUCUCCAACUACCCUAGAUUUGUCACUUAUGCUAAUGAACAUGAGGCUGCACCUGAAACUGUGUCUGUCACUGAUGAUAAGAAAAGAAUCCCUCCACCAAUUAAAGGAUUAGCCCCGUUAGAUUAUCUGGAUAGUUCUUGCAUAAUCAAGGAGAGGAUGACACAGGCACUUCGAUACUUCAAGGAAUCAACGGGAGAACGUGUGUUAGCUCAGGUCUGGGCACCUGUUAAGAAUGGCGGUCGUUAUGUGCUUACAACUUCAGGGCAGCCCUUUGUUCUUGACCCAGACUGUAAUGGGCUUCAUCAAUAUCGAAUGGUUUCUUUGAUGUAUAUGUUUUCUGUGGAUGGGGAGACUGAUGGAGUUCUAGGACUUCCAGGCCGUGUCUACCGGAAAAAGUUGCCAGAAUGGACUCCAAAUGUGCAGUAUUAUUCCAGUAAAGAGUUCCCCCGUCUUAAUCACGCCCUGGAUUACAAUGUUCGUGGAACUUUGGCAUUGCCAGUAUUUGAACCAUCUGGUCAGUCUUGUGUUGGUGUACUGGAGCUCAUAAUGACCUCCCAGAAAAUCAAUUAUGCUCCUGAAGUUGAUAAAGUAUGCAAAGCACUUGAGGCAGUGAAUCUGAAAAGUUCAGAGAUAUUGGACUGCCCAAACCAUCAGAUCUGUAAUGAAGGUCGUCAGAAUGCAUUGGUCGAAAUCUUGGAGAUAAUAACAGCUGUAUGUGAAACUUAUAAAUUGCCUCUGGCUCAGACAUGGGUUCCGUGCAGGCAUCGCAGUGUGCUGGCUGAUGGUGGUGGGUUUAAAAAGAGCUGUAGUAGCUUUGAUGGAAGCUGCAUGGGACAAGUCUGUAUGUCUACGACAGAUGUAGCAUUUUAUGUGGUUGAUGCUCACAUGUGGGGUUUCCGCGAGGCCUGUGCUGAGCAUCACUUACAAAAGGGACAGGGAGUUGCUGGAAGGGCAUAUGCUUCUCAAAAAUCAUGCUUUUGUGAAGAUAUAGGGAAGUUUUGCAAAACAGAGUACCCCUUGGUGCACUAUGCACGUUUGUUUGGGUUGUCCCGCUGUUUUGCAAUCUGCUUACGGAGCACUCACACUGGCAACGAUGAUUAUAUUUUAGAGUUUUUUCUGCCCCCAAAUGAUGGAGACUACACUGACCAGCUGGCCUUGCUGAACUCUCUCUUAUUGACAAUGAAGCAGCACUUUAGGAGUCUUAGGGUUGCUUCUGGUGAGGAACUUGAGCAUCACUGGGGUUCAGUUGAGAUUAUUAAAGCAUCCACAGAAGAAAAACUUGGUUCAAGGUUUGACUCUGUGCCAACCACCAAAUCUCUUCCUCAGUCUGCUAGUGUAGCAAAUGGAAGGACACAUCCUGAUCUAAUGGAAGAGCAGCAGUCCCCUGUGGCAAAAGGUGCAGAGGGUGUAAAUGGUACAGCUGAAGCCCAUAAUCAUGCUUCUGUCCCCCAGAAUAAACAGACUGGUAAGAAAUCAGAGAGAAAACGUGGAAAAGCUGAAAAAACAAUAAGCUUAGAGGUUUUGCAACAGUAUUUUGCUGGAAGCCUUAAGGAUGCUGCGAAGAGUCUUGGCGUUUGUCCAACUACAAUGAAGCGCAUUUGCAGGCAGCAUGGGAUCUCUAGAUGGCCAUCUCGCAAGAUAAACAAGGUUAACCGGUCCCUUUCAAAGCUAAAACGUGUAAUUGAAUCUGUGCAAGGAGCUGAUGGAACAUUCAGCCUGACUUCACUUGCACCAAAUUCACUUCCUGUUGCUGUUGGUUCUAUUUCUUGGCCUGCAGGCAUAAAUGGUUCGCCGUGUAAAGCUUCUGAGUACCAAGAAGAGAAGAAUGAGUUCUCCAACCAUGGAACACCAGGAAGUCAUGAAGAAGCUGAACCUACGGACCAAAUGCUUGGAAGCCGGAUUAUUGGGAAUGAAGAGCUCUCUCCAAAGCUGAAUGGUUUUGUGCGUGAAGGGUCACAUAGGUCCAGAACCGGGAGCUUCUCGAGAGAAGAGAGCACGGGGACACCUACCUCCCAUGGAUCAUGCCAAGGUAGUCCUUCCCCUGCAAAUGAGUCCUCCCCUCAGAAUGAGCUGGUCAAUUCACCUACACAAGAGUCGGUCAUGAAAGUGGAAGGCUCUUUGGAACCAGCUCGUCAGACCACAGGAGAAUUAAACUUAUCCACUGCAUUCCUAAUGCCUGGGCUUUUUAUUCCAGAACACACUCAUCAACAGUUUAGGGGAAUGCUAGUUGAGGAUGCAGGCAGCUCACAUGAUCUGAGAAAUCUCUGUCCGACUGGAGAAACCAUGUUCGAUGAACGUGUCCCAGAAUACAGUUGGACAAACCCACCAUGUUCUAAUGGAAUUGCUACGAAUCAAGUUCCUCUUCCUGUCGAGAAGAUGCCACAAUUUUCUUCCAGGCCUGAAGUAACAUCCGUGACGAUAAAAGCAACCUAUAGGGAAGACAUCAUAAGAUUUCGACUUUGUUUGAACUCUGGCAUAUAUAAGUUGAAGGAGGAAGUAUCCAAGAGGCUAAAGUUAGAGAUGGGAACUUUCGAUAUCAAGUACCUAGAUGAUGACCACGAGUGGGUUUUAAUCGCGUGUGAUGCAGAUCUACAAGAAUGCAUUGAUAUCUCAAGUUCAUCAGGCAGCAAUGUAGUAAGAUUGUUAGUUCAUGACAUAAUGCCCAAUCUUGGCAGCUCCUGUGAGAGCUCAGGUGAAUGAUUAGAAUUUAGGUUGUAAAUAUAUAAAAACUAGUAAAAUCAUUCUUGUAGUGUUAGGUUUGUUGUCCAUGUGGAGUGUAGGUUUUGGUUAUGGCAGGGUCCUCUGUAAUUGUAGAAAGUUUUUACUUUUCAAUUGUAUUCAUCUUGUAAGCUUAAGAAAAUAAGUUUUUUGCUUUUGUUGUUGCAACUUA